AAGAAUUUUAAUAACUCAAGAUAAUUACAAUAUUUUACUUAAUCAGUGAGAAGUGUAAAAUAUAUACGUGGUUUUUUUGUAGCUUAGCCCUUUCCUCCUUUUCCCUAUCUUCUCCCCCAUUAAAAGGUUUUAUAUUAUUUAUUAAUUAUUUUUUUUAACCAUUACUUAAUAUGUUAUGUAUAGCAAACCAUUUUAAGGAGAGAAGCAAAAAAUGUUCCUCCUUUAAGUAUAAUAAUAUGUAAUAGUUGCCUAUUUACAUACAAUUUAGUUAAAAGCUUGGAUGUGAUUUAUUAUGAUUGUGGCGGUCCAGUUUGACUUAAUAUGUAAUAUGUAGGUACUACGGACGCUCGUCGAAGCUCGUGCCGCUUUCCCCGACAAAUGAUUAGAAACAACGUGGCACUUGGUCACUAAAUAAGUGAUUAUUUGAUAUUAUAUACCUCCUAUAUGACUCGUCACAUCGUAAAGGACAACAAUUGACAAAUGAUACGACUAUAAUAAAAAUGUCAAAAUCAUAUUUCAAACUUAUCUUAUAAUGAUUCAAAGACAGAUAAUGAGAUAGGUAGGUAUUUAGGUUUUCAGGUUUUCGAUAAUUGAUAAAAUAUCAACAGUAAUAUUAUAUUGGUAUUUUUGCAAUAAUAUGUUAGUACGUUGUUAUGCUGUGUUCUCGAAUGUUCUAUUAUUUUACCAGCAACAAUGGAAAUAAUUAAAUCUAACAAAAAAAAUGACAAAGUUUGUCUUGAUGGUCAUAUGUACACAUUAUACUACGAAACUAGUAAAACAAUUAAAUGGCGAUGUUCUAAAAAGUCUUCAUUAAAGUGUCCAGCAGUUUUAAGUACGGAUAAACAAAUAACCGAAUAUGAAAAAAUUCAUCGUCAUAAUCAUUUACCAAAUCGCAAGGAAGUUAUGGUAACCAAAGCGUUGAUGAAUAUGAAAGAAAAAUCAUCCACAACAACUACAAAUCUUGUUGAAAUAUUUGCCAAUGGUGUAUCAAAAUUGGAUAAAUCAGCAAAGGCUCAAAUGCCAUCUGAGGAUACAGUCAAGAGAACUUUACGUAACCACCGGUCAAAAGGAAAUCCAAUCGAUCCAAAAAGCUUAGAAGACUGUAUAAUACCACCCACCUGGACGAUAAAUUCUGAUGGACAUCGUUUUUUAUUGUAUGACAAUGGAAUCGUUGACGAAAAUGGCAAAUGUAAUGCUGAUGAAAGAAUUGUCAUAUUUGCAACCGAUGAAGUAUUAUUAAAUCUUGCUAAGUCUUCAACUUGGAUGAUGGAUGGAAAUUUUGCUCUAGCCCCAGUGAUUUUUCAACAACUUUAUGUUAUAAGAGUAAAGAUAAAUGAUAUAUUUGUUACAUCUGCUUUUUGCUUACUUCAAAGAAAAACACAAUCAACUUACGAAGUAAUGUUCAAAGCCAUUAUCUCUGAGUGUGAAAAGAGAGACAUUUUUCCUGAUCCAUCUCAUAUUCAUGUAGAUUUUGAAAAGGCCAUUAUUCAAGCUAUUCGUAAUGUUUUUGGUGAACAUUCAGAAGUUAAAGGUUGUUAUUACCAUUUAACACAAAGCACGCAUAGGAAAAUCCAGCAGCUUGGUUUGGAAAAUUUGUACCGUGAAAAUGAUGAGUUCAUGUUAUUUUGUGGACAAGUUGAUAGUUUGGCUUUUUUGCCGGUAUCUGACAUAUUUGAAGGAAUGUCUCAUUUACGUAAAAUCAUGCCCGAAGAAGCACAUGACUUGGUGGAAUAUUUUGAUCAAACCUACGUAAAUGGGACAUACAGACGUAUUGGCCAAGGAAAUAAAUUGAAAUUCCGAAAAGUACCACCUCUUUUUCCACCUGAAAUUUGGAAUGUACACGAAAGUACAUUACAUAAUAUCGAGCGUACAAAUAACCAAACUGAAGGUUUCAAUAAUCGAUUUUCUAAGUUGGUAAGCCAUAAGCACCCUUCUAUUUGGAACCUCAUUAAGAAAAUGACACUGGAAGUUGCAGCCGAUGAGACAAAACUCCAGCAACGGUUAUUAGGCACAGUGCAACCAAAAAAAAAACUUAAGAAGUAUGAAAAAAUGCAAUUCAAUUUAAAAAAAAUAUGUGAAGAGUAUAGAGAUAAGCAACGUGAUCUACCAAAUUUUUUAUUAGCCAUAUCUCAUACCACAAGGUUUACACUAUAAAUUAUAUUAUGAUAAAUUUAUGUUUUAUAUUGACGCAAUAUUAAUCCAAUAUGCAUUUAAUUUUAUACUUGAAAUUUUAUUUUAACUUAUUAGGUGUACAUUUUUGCUAUACUUAUACGUUAUACACUUAUGCCUGUAGGUACCUAUGCCUUUUUUUCAUUUGCUUUUUUUUCCUUGUGCUUUUAUUUCAUUUGUUUUUUUU